AUGGUCUUAGAGGGCAUCUCAAAGGAUGUUCAAGCAGAUGAUCUUACAAAAAUUAUUAGACAGCAAAAUGAGGAAAUUAGCGAAAUUAUCAAUGAUGAUGGAUUAUGUCCGCGAUCGGGAGGCCAUCCUCGACGCGUGCGAGUUACCAAUACGCUGUCUAAGGGCUGCAUACAAGAAUCCACGUGUGGCCCUGUUCUCUGGAAUAUCAUACUGGACGAGCUGCUCGACGCGAAGCUUCCAGCGGGCUGCCACACACAGGCCUUUGCGGAUGAUGUCUUGCUGGUUGUCACGGCCGCGAGUGUCGGAGAGCUGGAGCUGGCCUUCGGUCCCAUUAAGACUAAGCUCAUCGCCUUCACUCCCAAGGCUAAGGUAGCCAGCAUUAACAUGGACGAACACCGUCUUUCCUUUGUGCCAGAGGUUAAACUGUUGGGAGUCAUCUUGCACGAAAAACUAAACUUUGGGAAACACGUGAAACAUGUUAUUAACAAGGCCGUGCGGAUCUUCAACAAGCUCUGCAUGUACUCGAGAUACACAUGGGGAGCCCAUCCUGAGAACAUCAGCACCAUUUACUAG